CACCACUGGUACCCUGCAGUUCAAUUAUGGUUGGUACCGAUACCCAAGUAUGUGUCUAGAGUUACUGUUGGCAAUUAUGGAUUCAUGAGAAACAUUCUUUGGCUUUCGAAGAUUCACCAAGACAUAACGCAACCUCUACGGGCUAACCCCUCCACCACAUACUUGUACUCUCACUCUCUAGAACCACCAUGGCUUUACUCGCGAGUCACCUGGAACAAAUUAGCGCGUCUUCCAAAUCAAUAGAGCAAUUGCAAUUUCCCUCUCCCAGGAUCUUCACCAAUGCAAUUCUAGGCGAUCAUGAGAUCACCACUCUAAUCCGCGACACCGAACCCCACGAGCAAGCUCUAUUCUCUGUUGAUCAGACUGCAGUCACGAAAUCUUCUCGACCUAGUACAGCCCGGGUGUUAGGCGAGGACAAUCCGCGACAUGGGCGAAAGAGCCUGUUUCCGGCUUCGCAGCCGUCCAAGCAGUCAAUAAUCACGCGACUCCUGGGCCAGGAAAUGCUUCAAGAGCUACGAAAGUCUACAAGCAAUACUUCACAAAUGCAGAACGGUGUCAAUGUGGAGGUCUUACUUCGUGGAGCCGAAAAGCUCUCCGAGGCUUAUGAGGUUGCUGGAGUCUCGGAGAAGAUCAGAUCACUCCGUAAACGUCAUCAAGAUGCAGCGUCUGGUGUCGCGGCCCUUGAACGAAAAGUUGCAAAGCAGCAGUCCUCGUUGGACCGACGCAAUCAGGGACAAAACGUGGACGAUAUCGACUUCGAGCCUGAUGUUCAGGCAAGCACUGGAAUGAUGGGGGAGGUUGCCAGUUUCACCCCAGAAGAUGUUCUAGCGGAGGAAGAAGAAAUCAAGGAACUCGAGGCCAGAAAGAAAGCCCUUGAAAAUCGAGUAUCGGGCAUGGAACGAGACCUCGGCGGACUUCGUUAAGUCUAUAAACACCAGUGACCCUGGGGAAUAUGCCUGUCCUGCCG